AUGGAUAUUAAAAUAUUUCUAAUAUUCUUAAUUAAUUUAAUAAAUUUCAUUCAAACAAUAGAAAUACGUUUUUCUAAUCCAUUACAACGUUUUAUUUAUGAUGAUACAACUGAUACAAUUAUUUUAGCAUCUGUUAAUCAUAUCUAUUCAUUAAAUGCCAGUGAUUUAUCAAUAUUAUCCGAUAUAAAUCUUUCACCUAUUGAAAAUGAUAAUCAUUGUUUAAUAACAAAUAAAACAUCAUCAUUAUUAUCAAAUAGUUAUUAUUUUCCAACAACAUCAUAUUUAUUUCCAUCAGUAAAUAGUACAUUUAAUCAAUUACUUUUAUUAAUUAACAAUACAGUAUUAAUAUGUUCAACAUCAAAUCGUGGUGGUUCAUGUCAAUUACGUUCAUUAAUUAAUCUUAAUUUCAUAAAAAAUUCUUCUCAUCGUAUUGUUUCAUCAUCACCUUUUUAUCCUUCAAUUGGUUUCAUUAGUGAAAAUAAUCAUAUUUUAUAUUUAUCAAAUACAUAUGAUCCAUUAUGUGAUCCAUUUUAUGAAAUUCCAACAAUAAGUGGACGAUUUAUUGAUAAAGAUUUUUUAUCAAUACUUAAUUUAAAUUCUGGUCAAUCAGCAUUACAACAAUCAACAUAUACAUUACGUUUAUUAAAUAUACGUUUAAUAAAAGAUUUUUUUCUUUCAUAUAUCUAUGGAUUUGAACAUCGAAAUAUAUCCUAUUUUCUCACAAUACAACAAUCUGAUAUUCAUCAUACACGUACAUAUAAAUUACAAACAAAAAUUUUACGUUUUUGUCAAACAUUAAAACAAUCAAUUAUUAAAAGUUAUAUUGAAAUACCGAUAACAUGUGGAAAUAAUUAUCAUUAUUUAGUUACAGGAAAAUUUUCUAAAGAAAAAAAUAUUUUCUAUGGAAUAUUUCGUAAUACAACAUUAGCGAAUUCAUCACAUACAGGACAUGCUGUAUGUGCAUAUUCAAUUCAUUCAAUUCGAGAAGCUUUUUUUCAAACAAUAAAACGUUGUAUUGUCGAUGGAAAAGGUUAUCGUGGUUUAGGUUUUAUUAGCCCGGAUACACAUUGUGUAUCAAAUAAAAAUUUAAAUGAAAUCAAUCAUGAUUAUUGUCCAGAUGAUGAUGAUAGUUUUUUUCAAUAUCCAAUUGGUGGUCAUCGAUCAUUAGAACAAAUUGAACCGAUUAUUGAAUUCAAUGAAAAUGUCAAUUUUACAGCGAUUGAAAUCGUUUCAAUUGAAAAUGAUGUUAUGAUUUUAGUAGGUGAUGAUAAUGGAACUGUUUAUACAUUCCAAACAUCAAAUAGAAAAGACGUUUAUAAACAAAAUUUUCCAUUAUCGAUAAUAAUCGAUUUGAAAUUAAUUUAUAAAACACCGCUAUUAAAAAAUGCUAAUCUUCUCGUGUUGACUAAUAAUCAAAUCAUCAAACAAAAUUUAAGUACAUGUGAACAGUAUACAACAUGUGAUGAAUGUUUCAAGAUUGAUCGUUGUCAUUGGUGUUCGAAAGAGAAAAGAUGUACACCUUUAUUUGAAUGUACAAAUGAAAAUUAUAAAUAUAGAAAAACUAAUGAUAUUAAUAUGUGUACAAAUAUCGAACGAGUUAUUCCUGAAACAAUAUCAUUACAAUCAUCAGAUAUUCACUUAGAAAUUAUUUUAAAUAUUCCAUUGAAAAAUAAUCUUGAUGAAUAUCAAUGUCAAUUUGAAUUAAUUGAUAAAAAAAAUAUUCUUUUUCAUACAAAUGCUGUUCUUGUCAAUGAUAAAACAUUAAAAUGUUUUCCACCCGUAUUAUCUAAUAUGAAUCAAUCUAUUUAUAAUAUUGUUUUAUCGUUAUAUCAUUUAAACACAAAUUUAACAUUUGGAUAUUCAAAUGUAUUAUUUGUAAAUUGUUCGAAUUUUCUUUCAUGUUCAUCAUGUAUGAAAUAUUCUAAUCAAUGUCUAUGGAAUAUUCAAACAGUUAAUUGUAUAUCUUAUGAAAAUAAAAAAACAUUAUUAAUUCAUCGUAAACGUUUGAUAUUAAAUUCAAAUCAAUGUCCAUUUAUUUAUUUACAACAACCAAUAAAUCGUCUUGCUUAUAAUAAUACGAAAAAUUUAAUUAUACAUAUGGAAGAAUGUAAUGAAGAAUUAAAUAUUAAUUCUUGUCAAUUAAAUGAUAAUCGUAAACGUUUAAAAUUUACUUCAUUAAAUCCAACAUUUAUUAGAUCAACAAAUGAAAAUCAUCUAUGUUUUAUAAAAUGUUCAUUUGAUUUAAUAAAUUCCGAGAAAUUCUCUCAAAUAUCAUUUCAUCGACCAUUACAUCUUGAUUUAUCAAUUGAAUUAAUAAAUAAAACAUCAAUAAUUAUACCACGUACACAUAUUUCAUUAUAUGAUUGUGAACGUAUGGGUUUUAAUUGUACAUCAUGUUUACAACUUGAUCCAUCAUUUGGUUGUAUUUGGUGUAAUAAUAUGUGUAUGUUUAAAAAUCAAACAUUAAAAAAUCAAUUGAAUUGUCCACAAAGUCAAGAAUGUUUAUUACCUAUUAUUCAAGAUAUUGAACCUUUAUUACUGCCAAUGAAUGGAGGAACAUUAGUAACAAUUAAAGGAAAAAAUUUUGAUUUAUUUAAUAUAUCUAUAAGUUUAAUUGAUGUACCAUGUUUAUUAAUUGAAGAAGAAAGUUCGAAUAAUAAAAUUAUUUGUCAAUCAGGUGAUGCUGGUAUGCUAUCACGAAGUGGUCCGAUACAUUUAAAAUUCGGUUCUCAUGGUCCACAUGUUCAAUCUGAUCAAAUAAUAUCAUAUGUAAAUCCAAUAAUUACUUCUAUUGAACCACUUAUUGGUAUUGAAAGUGGUGGUACACUUUUAACAAUUUUUGGUGAAAAUUUAACAUUAGGUAAUAGUCAUAUAUCAGUAUCAAUUGGUAAUCGUCCUUGUCAAUUAUUAUCCAUAUCUCGUCUUAAAAUUCAAUGUGAAACAUCAACAUUUUCUUCAUUAAUAUUAAAUGAACAACAACCAAUAAAUUUUCUUUUUGAUCGACAAACAAAACUUAAAUUUGAAAAACCUUUUACAAUUGUUUCUAAUCCAAUAUUAUAUUCAUUCGAUGAAUAUAAUCAAUAUCAAAGUUUUAUAAGUGGUGGUCAUCAUAUAGUUAUUCAUGGUGAAAAUUUUCAUACAAUACAAAAUAUACGUUUAGAAUUUAAACGUAUUAUAUUUGUUUCACCAUUAUUAUAUAAUAGGACACAUAUCAUAUUUUUAACACCAUCAAUACAAGAAUUACAUUUAAAUGAUGAACAUGAUUUUCAACAAGAUAUUGAAAUUAUUAUUCAUUUAGAUCAUUUUAAUAAAACAUCAUCAAUUAUUUAUAUAAAUGAUCCAAUAAUUUAUGAACUUGAACCAAUGUUACAAACAUAUACAAAUGAAUUAAUUAUUCAUGGUUCAAAUUUAACAGCUGUUGGUCAUACUAAAAAUGAUAUUACUGUUCAUAUUGGAUGUGAUCUAUGUAAUAUAAUUCAUUUUCAAGUAGAUAAAAUUGUAUGUCAACCACCAGCGUAUCGCCCGAAAAAAUAUUCAAAAAAUAAUCGUCUUUGUUAUGAUUCAGAACAUCCAUGGAUUAUAGUUACUAUUGAUAAUAUACAUUCACAUGUUGGAUAUAUGAUUUACCCAAAGAAGGUUAUUAUUCUUGGUAUCAUAAGUGGAUGUUUAUUAACAAUGUUAUCAGUCAUUCUAAUCAUUCUUCUUAUCGUCUGUAUAAGAAUACGGUGUUCACAACAAAAAUCUCGUCGUCGUUAUUUAUAUGGUGCUGGUAUGAAUUCUCAUGAUAAUGAAAAAGAAACAUAUAAUGAUAAUCUUCUAAAUAAAACUUAUCAAAAACUUCCCAUACUUGAUUCAACUGUACUUGAUUCAUCAUUAUUACCAUCUAUACCAAUACGUUCAUAUAUAAAUUAUUUACAAUUAUGUUAUUAUUAUUAUUUCAAUGAUCAAUCAUUCUCAAUCCCAUCUUAUGAUAUACCAAAAGGAAAUAUAAGACAUGAUAUAAUAAAUCAAUUUCAAUUUUUGAUUGAUAAUAAUGAAGAAUUUAUUGAAUAUUUUUAUAAAAUUUUAUUACAAUCAAAUAAUAAAAAACUUCUUUCAAAUUUUCUUUUAACACAACGAUAUCAUUUUAAGAAAUUUUUACAAUUUAAUAAUGAUUCAAUUUAUUUUAAUAUUUGUCUACUUACAGCUUAUGAUGGUCUUUUAACAAAUCAAAUCACAUCAUUAUUAUUUCAACUUUAUUAUGAAUUAAAAUCAAAAAUUUUUUCAGGUCCUAUUGAUGCUAUUGAACAAACAUGUUCAUAUUAUUCAUUAAAUAAUAAUACAAUUUUACAUGAUCAAUCAAUAUUAUUUAAUUCUAUUCAAAUUAUUGUUCAUAUUGAUUUAAAUAAUCAAACAAAUGAAUUACUUUUAUUACAUGUAACAUGUUUAUCAUGUGAUACAAUAACACAAGUUAAAGAAAAGAUUUUUUAUCAAUUAAAUUUAUAUAAAAAAUUACAUUUUAUAUCAAUAAAUGAUAGUCAAUUAUAUUUAUUAACAAAUAAUAAAUCAUGUUCAACAUCAUCAUGUUCAUCAUCAACAACAUCAUCAUCAAAUGUACCAUUAGCAAAAAAAUCUAUGUUAACACAAUUUUUCUUUAAUCAAAAAAAUAAAUAUUCAACAACAACGACAACAACAACAUCAGCAUCAAAUGAUUCAUCAUAUAGAGAUUCAAUUAUAUUAUUAUUAAAUGAUAUUGAUAAUACAAAUGAACAAAUAAAUCAUUGUAAAAAAUUAAAUACAUUACAACAUUAUGGAGUUAUUAAUGAUGGUUAUGAAUUUAAAAUGAUUGUAGCGAAUAAAAUUAAUCAAUCAAAUUAUAACUCAUAUUUAAAAAAAACACUCCAUCGAAAUCCAUUUGAUUGUCAAUAUUGUUCAACUGAUCAAGAAAAAAUGUUUAAUUAUAUAAUAGCUCUUCCAUUAUCACCGAAUUCUAUCCAAUCAUCAGCAAUUGAAAUAGAUCGUACAUGUUAUUUCCAUUUAUUAAAUCAUACAUAUGAAGAAAUAGGUGAAUCCGAUCACUUAUUAAUGAAUAAUAAUCAAAGUGAAACUUAUCGUUUAUUUGAAACAAAAUCUACUAUACAUUCAAUAUUAAUCAAUCUUAUUGAAACAUUAUUUACAAAUUUUCUUCAUAGUGAUAUAUAUUUAAGUGAAUUAAUUGAACAAUAUUCACGUUUUUUACAUAUAUUCUAUGGACAUUAUAUUCCAUUUAUUUUACAAAAUUUCAAUUGUUUAUUUGAUUUAACAAUUGAUAAAUGUUUAAAUAGUUCAUUUGAUAUACUUGCAACUAUUUUUCAAAUAGCUUGUUCUUGUCAACCAAAUGAACAACAUUGUCUAUUAUGUAAUGAAUUAACAAAUAAUGAUAAUAUUAAGUUGAAUUUAAAUAUUCAAAAUUGUACAUUAUUAUUUGCUGAUGAAAUUCAACGUGUUCGAUUACAUUAUUCAAAUUUAGAACGACGUCUAAAUAAUAAACAUUCAUCAUCGGAAUAUUCAUCAACGAAUACAGGUAUUAAUAAGACAUUUGAAUUAGAUUAUUCAAUUAUUGAUAAUCUUAUUGAAUAUUUAUGUUUGCAUGUUGAAGAGAUCACAGAAUUAUUUAAAAAUCAAUCAUCUGAUAAUAAAAGUCUAAUUAGAUUUUUGAAUCUUGUCCAAAUGUAUCGAUCGAAUGGAAGAACUUGA